AUGCCCAACCAAAUCCAAGACAUAACCACAACCGAAGAAGGCUCCUUCGAUUACAUCUUCGAAAAAAAUGUCACAUUCAAGCCCAAGACAGUCGAGGGUCUCGUGAGAUGCAAUGUCUACAGACCCAAGAACGUUGAACGAGCACCUGUAAUCAUGACUUAUGGACCAUAUGGCAAGGACACACAUACCAGCGAAUUUCUGCCUCAUGCCUGGCAUGAUAUCAAUCCUCAACAGCAGUCUGAACAUUCCGCUUUCGAGGUACCAGAUCCCAAAUUCUGGACUGCACAGGGCUAUGCGAUUGUGCGAGCAGAUGAGGUAGGCAUUGGCCAGUCGCCGGGCUUCCUCGACACUAUGUCAGCCUCCACUUCGGAUGUGUUCGCCGAGCUCAUCGAAUGGGCGGCUGAUCAGCCAUGGUCCAAUGGCAAGGUGGGGUUACUGGGUAUCAGUUACUUUGCCGGGAGCCAAUGGAGAGUAGCAGCCCGUCGUCCGCGUGGUCUUGCAUGUAUCAUUCCGUACGAAGGCAUGGCUGAUUAUUAUCGCGACCGUUGCCGCCACGGCGGCAUUCUGCUGCUACCUUUUCUGCAAUUCUGGAUGGGUAGGCAGGUCGGAGCAAACCAGUACGGACGUCCUGGUCGUUCAACAGAUGGCCGGGGCCCCAAUACCAUCGAAGGUGACCUCAGUGAAGAAGAAUUGAAGCAAAAUAGAGCGGACCAGGAUGAGGACAAUCUCAAGGCCUUCUUCAGAGACGAUGAGUACUACGCUUCCCGUGACUACAAUCUCGAGGACAUCGAGGCCCCGCUUCUCUCAUUUGGUAACUGGAGCAAUUUGGUCAUCCAUCUUCGAGGCAAUAUUGAGGGCUACAUGCUGGCAGGUUCGCGCCACAAAUUCCUCCGCCUAGGCAGUGGCCGCCACGACCUACCAUUCUACUCGGAGGCUGAGGUCGAAGUGCAAAAAAGCUUUCUUGACGCAUUCCUCAAGGAUGACGACUAUGCCGGUUGGACAACGGGUAAACAGCCCAAGGUCACCUAUCAAGCACGCAAAGGGCCAUUCGAUUACAAGAGUAUCGAGUCCGCCUCAGGCGCCAUCUACUCUUGGAAACAUGCUCCAGAGUGGCCUCUGCCCAACACCCAGUAUACGAAAUACUACUUGACGCCCGAUCUCAAGUGGACUACUGAAAAAUUCAAGACUGAUGUGCAUACUAGGCUGUCAUAUCCAGCCUUGACCACAUUGGCUAACCCGUUUUACCAUCGCUUCACGACAGCGCCAUUCGAGAAAGAGACGGAGAUCACCGGGCACAUAGUUGCCCAUGUCAAUCUCUCCGUGACGCGCCUUCCUGGCGGAAAAACGCCAAAAGACAUUGAUGUAUUCUUCCUCGUAAGGCAAUGGGAUGCAAAUGGUGUUGAACGAACCUUCACUGGCACAAUCGGCGACGCUGCAGCCGUAACAAGAGGGUGCCAGCGAGUCAGCCUGCGUAAGGUGAACAAGGAACAUCCUCAUCACCGCGAGUACCGGCCCCACCGUGACUACUUCUCCACGGACGUUUUGCCCGUGAUUCCUGGAGAAAUCUACCCCGUUGACGUUGAGAUUUGGCCUACCAAUGUGGUGCUCUUGCCGGGAGAGACGCUCUCGAUUGAGAUCAGCGGAGGCGAUACACCUGGCAUUGGGCCAUUUGUACACGAGGGCGGCGAACGGAAUGAGGAACGCUUGGCUGGCACAAACCAUCUGCAUUGGGGUCCCGCUUACAGCAAUUACAUAACGCUUCCUAUUAUUCCUAAUUAG